GAACAACAAAUGACUCUGACUGUUGCAGGUUUUGAUCAGGUAACAUGUGAAACAUUGCAACGUCUUGUAGCUGCAUACGACAAGUUAUCGGCAUAACCGGGGUGGUCAUGACCUUGUGACCAGGGAACCUCGUCUGCGGUCGUGAACUUUUCUCCAACUCAUCGCCUCCAUUACUCCAGUUCCAGUUGAUCUUUCCUUCCCAUUGUCACUACAUCAAGACUUACUCCGCCGCUCUUUUUGUUCAUCGCUUCCAUCCACAUCUCUCUCGAGACGGAUUGCAGCUUUGGUGGGGGUAUCUCUAUAAUCAUCUUAAUUGGUCUUGACUUUGUUGAUUGCUCGAUCCCACAAAUAUCAAGGUAGCUGUCAACAGCAUUAGCCUGGCGCCAUGCUGAGAAGCUCACUGCGAAAGUCAGGCAGCCAACUCCUCCGAGCUAGCUGCCAAACCACCACAAGAUGCGCACCACACAGCCCGAGGUGCUCUUCGGUCGCCUCUGCCCGCCGAACCCUCGCUGUAUCCAUGUCGCAAAGGAGAUAUGCCUCGGCGCAAGCAUCUCCCCCCGACCCAAACGACAACUUCCUCUCUGGAAGCACCGCCAACUAUAUCGACGAGAUGUACAUGCAAUGGAAGGAGGAUCCCCAGAGCGUCCACGUCUCGUGGCAGGUCUAUUUCAAGAACAUGGAGACCGGUGACAUGCCCACUUCGCAGGCCUUCACUCCUCCUCCGACUCUGGUUCCAGGUGCCACAGGCGGCGUCGUGGCCGGCGCAUUGGCCGGUCAGGGCUCCGACGUCACGAACCAUCUCAAAGUGCAGCUGUUAGUGCGUGCGUACCAAGCUCGUGGUCAUCACAAGGCCAACAUCGACCCUCUGGGUAUCCGAAACGAAUCCAAAGGCUUCACUAGCAUCAAGCCGAAAGAGCUGAGCCUCGACCAUUACGAGUUCACAGAGAAGGAUCUCGACACAGAGUAUACGCUGGGCCCCGGUAUCUUGCCCCGGUUCAAACGGGAUGGGCGCGAGAAGAUGACAUUGCGCGAAAUCAUUGCCGCCUGCGAAAAGAUAUACUGCGGCUCAUACGGUGUCGAGUUUAUUCACAUCCCUGAUCGCGCCAAAUGCGACUGGCUGCGAGAGCGAGUCGAGAUUCCCCAGCCUUUCAAGUACUCAAUCGACGAGAAGCGAAGAAUUCUCGACCGUCUGAUCUGGAGUUCGAGUUUCGAGUCUUUCCUCGCCACCAAGUACCCAAACGACAAGCGCUUCGGUCUGGAAGGUUGCGAGACUCUGGUUCCCGGAAUGAAGGCCUUGAUUGACCGAAGCGUCGACUAUGGUGUCAAGGAUAUUGUCAUUGGAAUGCCCCACCGUGGUCGUCUUAAUGUUCUCAGCAAUGUCGUUCGCAAGCCCAACGAGUCUAUCUUCAGCGAAUUCGCUGGCAGUGCUGCUGCCGAAGACGAGGGAUCUGGUGACGUCAAGUACCAUCUGGGUAUGAACUUCGAACGUCCCACUCCCUCUGGAAAGCGUGUUCAAUUAUCGUUGGUCGCCAAUCCGUCGCAUCUUGAGGCCGAAGACCCGGUUGUGCUGGGCAAGACGAGAGCCAUUCAGCACUACAACAACGACGAGAAGACUCACAGAACCGCCAUGGGUGUCCUUCUCCACGGUGAUGCUGCUUUUGCGGCCCAGGGUGUCGUGUACGAAUGUCUCGGUUUCCACUCGCUACCCGCUUUCUCUACGGGCGGCACCGUCCACUUGGUUGUCAACAACCAGAUUGGUUUCACUACUGAUCCUCGAUUCGCCCGAUCCACUGCUUACUGUACCGAUAUUGCCAAGGCCAUCGAUGCCCCCGUCUUCCACGUGAACGCGGAUGACGUCGAGGCUGUCAACUUCGUUUGCCAACUGGCGGCUGACUGGCGCGCCGAGUUUCAGACAGAUGUUGUCAUCGACCUGGUCUGUUACCGAAAGCAUGGACAUAACGAAACAGACCAGCCUUCCUUCACCCAGCCUCUGAUGUACAAGCGCAUUGCCGAGCAUGACCCGCAAAUCAGCAUUUACGUCGAGAAAUUGCUCGAGGACGGCACUUUUAGUAAGGAGGACGUCGAGGAGCACAAGCAGUGGGUCUGGGGUAUGCUCGAGGAAAGCUUCUCAAAGUCGAAGGAAUACCAGCCGACAUCCAAGGAAUGGACCACUUCCGCCUGGAACGGCUUCAAGUCGCCCAAGGAGUUGGCCACCGAAGUUCUGCCCCAUAACCCUACUGGAGUGGACAAGAAGACCCUGGAGCAUAUCGGCGAAGUGAUUGGUUCCGCACCGGAAGGGUUCCACAUCCACCGCAACCUCAAGCGCAUCCUUCAGAACCGUACCAAGACUGUCGUCGAGGGUAAGAAUAUCGACUGGUCGACGGCUGAAGCCUUGGCCAUUGGUUCGCUUGUGACUGAGGGUCAUCACGUCCGCAUCUCUGGGCAGGACGUUGAGCGUGGCACGUUCUCGCAACGUCAUGCUGUUUUCCAUGACCAGGAGAACGAAGACACCUACACACCUCUCCAGAACAUAAGCAAAGAUCAAGGUAAAUUUGUCAUAUCCAAUUCAUCUUUGAGUGAGUUUGGUGCCCUCGGCUUCGAGUACGGUUACUCUCUCUCAUCCCCCAAUGCUCUCGUCAUGUGGGAGGCUCAAUUUGGUGAUUUUGCCAACAACGCCCAAUGUAUCAUCGAUCAGUUCCUCGCCUCUGGAGAGGUGAAGUGGAUGCAGCGAACUGGUUUGGUCAUGUCGCUUCCUCAUGGCUACGACGGGCAGGGUCCUGAGCACUCCUCUGGCCGUCUCGAACGUUAUCUCCAGCUGUCCAACGAAGACCCCCGAGAGUUCCCAUCCGAAGAGAGACUCCACCGCCAACACCAGGAUUGCAACAUGCAGAUCGCCUACAUGACCACACCUGCAAAUCUGUUCCACGCUCUUCGCCGCCAGAUGCACAGACAAUUCCGAAAGCCCCUCAUUAUCUUCUUCUCCAAGUCUCUUCUGCGUCAUCCCAUUGCGCGCUCCAAUAUUGAAGACUUCACAGGUCCCGAUGCCCAGUUCCAGUGGAUCAUCCCGGACCCGGAGCACGCGAAUGGAGCAAUCAAGGCACCUGAAGAGAUCGAACGUGUCAUUCUAUGCUCUGGCCAGGUCUACGCCGCGCUGCACAAAUACCGUGCUGACAAUGAGAUCGAUAAUGUUGCCAUCACUCGUAUCGAGCAGCUCAACCCCUUCCCCUGGCAACAACUGAAGGAAAACCUCGACACGUACCCCAACGCCAAGACCAUUGUCUGGUGCCAGGAAGAGCCCCUCAAUGCCGGCGCCUGGAGCUUCACUCAGCCGCGUAUCGAGACUCUUCUCAACCAAACUGAACACCAUGACCGCAAGCACGUCAUGUACGCCGGCCGCAAUCCGUCAGCAUCUGUCGCCACCGGAUUGAAGUCCGUCCAUAAGAAGGAAGAAGAGGAGCUCCUCCAGGCAGCAUUUUCAGUAACGCAGGACAAGCUUAAGGGCGAGUAACGAAAGCAUAGAGCUGUUUGUCUUGCAUUGGGUUAUCGCCGCAUUCUUUGCUGUAUUGUAUAUCGUGUAUAACGAGCCUCGACGAAUCAUGAACGAGGCUAGAUAGACGGAAGGCUGGGAAAGCCUUUUUCUCAGGUACUAAUGCAUUCAUUCCUGUCCCUAUAAAUAUAUAUAUAUACGUUCCUGCCC